UGCAGACGAACAAAGUGGAUGCAGUAUGUCUGUAUCUGAUUGUAUUUUGACGCCUGCAAAAAGGCCACCUCAUCCUAAGUUGGUAAAAUACUGGAGUCAAGAUGGAGAGCUCAUCUUUCAGAGUAUGUUGAAAGAACAGGAACAUAAUUAUGGAUCGAAAACAAACCGAGAAUGCCAGCGAGAACGUUUUACACAUGUUCCAGAUCAAUACUACAGUUCAAUAUACUCUGAAACAUUUGGGACACCAAUACCAAGUUUGAAUACUGAUACACACUCCAGCUAUGACUCUAAUUUGAAUCUAAGUGAUAUCUCACACAGAGACAAGGGCAGUGCAGACAGGCAAGAACAGGAAAGGAAACAAGGGCACCUUGCAGGAGAACCUGUCCAAAAUCACCUGCCUUCCUUUGAAAAUGUCAGAUACAUCAUGUCUGGAAGUAGAGCCACUCAAGCAAAUUAUGUGCAAUCACAAGAAAAUACCAGUUAUCAAAAUGAUUGGCAACCGGGACAAGAACAUAGCACUGGUACAAAAAGACAAGAGGUUUGGUUGAGACAAACUGAUGAUAAUUUUGGCUCAGUCAUAAAUGAUUAUUUCAAAGCCAAGGAGUUUGAUUCUUCCCAGAACACCAGCAGUGGAAAGGGUAACAUUAAUUAUCAAAGCCAAGCUGGCUCAUCAACAUCUGCACAAUAUGUUGAAACUAAUCUGGAUCCAUUUCUCAAAGAAACUGUCAUGUCUCCACCUCUAGAUUUAAGUGGGGAGUCUUCCUCUGCUAUUAGCGAAACACAACUGACAUCACAGGAUUUGUUCACAACUCAAGGUACUGAUAGUGCAAAUGAAUUUUCACAAUUCAACACUGACAGAUCACUCACUUAUUACCUGCCUCUUUAUCAUUCAAAUACUCCUGACUUACCUGAUUCAUCAACAGCAGAAGCUUUCAUUCACCAAGAAUGUCUACGAAAUAGAUCUGACAGAUAUCCUGAAACACCAAAAUCUUGUCCUAACAUAGCUAGAAAACAAUUACAAGACCAUUAUCCUAGCACCAUGUGUUUAACCAAUAUUUCAGAGACACACACCAGUCCUUAUCUUAAGCCAAAUGGCCUAGUUGAUGAUGCAGAGGUCAAUCAGUUAACACAUUUUAAGAAUGAUGAAAAUCAAUUACCUGCCUUCACAAUCCCAGUAAAGCUACAACAGCAGCAAAAGGUGGACAUUGCCAACAAGACCCACACUUCAUCCAUUGCCAAAAGGCUGUUGCAAAAAAAGAUUACUGAUAUGUAUAAAAAGGAUGUGCAUUGCCAUCAAGAUAUCAUGAAAAAGACCCCAAUUUCAUCAAUUACAAAGCGACUGCUGCAGCAAAAAGACAUGCCAAAUUCCUCAUCCAAGAAAGUUCAUACCAGUCCUUUAGAAAAAACGUGUGAUGAUAUGAAAAGGGAUGUAUUGAAGGUAAAAGAUGUUAAUAUUCCAACCAGCCAAACUGGAAAAUCCUUUAAGGUACCCUACAAGAAAAAUAAAAAUGAUACUGCCUGCAAUAAUCAAAGCAAGAUUUGUGAAGACACCCCCAUGAAGGUGAAUAAAAAGAUCCAGCAAUUAGCUAAUCUUUCUUCUGAUGAGAGGCACCAAUUGCUAGGAAAGCUACUUCUUGCAGAUGAAAUUGCAAUGACAUUAUUAUAUGCAGAUGGAUCAUCUCAGUUGAGAGAACCAACAGCAAGAAAGAAAAGAGGCAUUGUCCCAGAGGACCAGGAGGCUGUCUCAAUGGUGUUGGCAUAUCAAAGUAAAGAAAACAUCCAGCCUAGCAUUGCUGGUGUAAAGAGGGCCAAUUCUUUGUUGUAUGUGGCUUUUCCUCUCUGCAGUGAAGAUGAGGAGUGUUUCAAAUGGUCCAGGUCUGCCACAUGUACUUUGAUGGCAGCUAAAUGUAGGAAGAUCUGUUUCGAUUCUCAAGAACUGAUGAGCACUCUGAUCAGUAAACUGGAUCUGGAUCCUAAAACAGUAAUCUCUCAGUGGCUGGUGUUUGAUCCUAGAAUAUGCUGCUGGAUUUUAGAUCCAGAUCAACCACCUUGUACUUUUACUCAGAUGCUAAAGAGCCUACAAGACACUGGCUUGAGCAUUCCUGAAGGUGAUUCCACUGAACCAGUAUGUGAGGAUUUGUGUUCCCUUGGUCCUGUGAUGCAGGUUCUUUACCAGAAACUGUCUUCAAGGCAUCUAUGGGACCUGUAUACUAAGUUAGAGAUGCCACUGACCACCAUGUUAGCUGUGAUGGAACUUCGGAGGAUCCAAGUAGAUACUAGCUGUUUUCUAAAGUCUGGGGACCUGCUCAAGAAAAAGCUAACCAAAUUAGAACUGGCAGCUAAUGUUGCAGCAGGGCAUUCUUUUUCCAUCAACAGCCACAGUCAGCUCAGACAGGUGUUAUUUGAAGAAUUAAAACUUGAUGCCAAGCUUCCAAAGAAAGCAAAGAUAGCUAAAACAUCAGUAGGGCAACAGAAGUCGACAUCAGAAGCUGUACUUUCACAACUUAAAGACUUGCAUCCUUUACCCAAGAUAGUGUUAGAAUACAGACAGCUCCAAAAGUUAAAAUCUACCUAUAUUGAUGGCAUGCUGGCAUUUGUUGAAAAUGGCUAUCUCAGCACUCACUGGGACCAGACAGCUGCAGCCACUGGACGCCUUACCUCUACCAGUCCUAACAUACAAGCUAUCCCAAAACUUCCUGUGGUGCUGACUGGAGUUAAUAUUACUGAAAAAGAGGAUGAGAAGGAACAGCAGGUGUUUGCAAGAGACCCAUUUGUCAGUCGUGAUGGAUGGUCAUUUCUAGCAGCAGAUUUCUCUCAAAUUGAGUUGAGAUUGUUGGCUCAUCUAUCAGAUGACACUGUACUACUGGGGUGUUUCAACAGGGAUGGAGAAAGUGACAUAUUUGUGGAACUUACAGCAUUAUGGUUGUGUAAGGCAGCAGAUGAUGUCAGUAUGAUGGAACGAGAACAGACCAAAAGAGUGGUAUACUCAGUCAUGUAUGGAGUGGGCAAAAAUUCCUUGGCAGAUUACCUUAAGAUGAGCCCAAAUGAAGCCAAGGCCAUCAUGACCAGUUUUCUAGUAAAAUUUCCAGGAGUCAACAUGUUUACAAGAAAAUGCAUUGAGCAGUGUAGGACUAAUGGUUAUGUAUGUACCAUAUUCAAGCGAAGAAGAUGGUUCCCAAACAUCAAGCACCCUUCGCCAAUGUUAAGAGCUCAGGCUGAAAGACAGGCUGUCAAUUUCUGUGUACAAGGCUCUGCAGCAGAUUUGUGUAAGGCAGCCAUGUUACAAGUAGAACAUACCUUAUCUGCUAGGGCACACCUUAGUGCUCAAUUGCUUGUCCAGAUUCAUGAUGAGCUACUGCUGGAGGUACCAGAUUCAGAGAUAGAAGAAACCAAAGGUGUUAUAAGAGGUAUAAUGGAAUCUUCUGAAGGGUUGUGUGGUGAUAUGACUCAUCUCAAGCUUCCACUGAAAGUCUCCUUGUCUUGUGGAAAGACGUGGGGCCACAUGACACCUUGCUGAAGAGUUGACCAAGGUUACAAAUUCCACAUUUUUGUCACUGGACCAGCAUGUGAUGUGUUAACAACUGCAUUAUUAAUAACCAAGACUUUUUUAAACUGCACCUUUUUUUAUUACCAGUUCUUAUUACAAUGUGAAUUUGUUCAAUCAUCACUACCCUGUGUGCUAUUUUGGAAGAAAAUGACACAAUUCCUCACUACAUAUGGCUACAUAUUGCUCGCCAAUAAGUAACUGUGAACAUUACUGUGAAACAACUUGCUCUAUGUUUUCUGUUAUUUCACUUAAAAAUGGAAAGUCAUGCUUUAUAUCAUCUAACAAAAAAGCUUAUUUUAAGGUUUUUGCUCUUGAUAUUACUGUUUAUGUAGUAUUGAACAUUUAUCACCAUUUUGUCAAGCUGUCAGGAGUAUUUUCAUUUUGUAAGACUAUAUGAUAAAUUUACAUUAUAUCAGACUGUAUGGUUGUGUCUUUAAUUUAUAACUAGCAGCACAAUAAAGGAUCACUUAAACUUAGCACUUCAAGUGACUGGACCUUCAA